GGCCUGUGUCUUCCUAUGCCCUUUGUAAACCUCAAAUUACAAAUGAUGAACCUUUCGUCAGUGAAUGCUUGACUUGCAUUGAGCAGGAAUUAGCCUACGCAAAAAGUUGUGUGUAGGGUAAUUUACGUAGGCCUAAAUGAAUGGGUCGUUUAUAUGUCAAUACAACACACCAACUGCACUGAAUAUGGUGUGGAUCCACUAUCCAUCGUCCCAAUCUUCCGGCCAAUAGAAAUUGGGGAGCCUUCAACCCCUAACUAAUCACAAACUGAUAGGAGAAAAUGAAAACACGGAGAGACGAGGCCAGYGUAUGUAGUUGGGUAUGCUGUAAUUACCAUAAUAAUGGAAAAUAUAAAAUAAAUAUAAAGGGUACCCCUAAAAUGUAAAAUCGGUAAAACCCUAUUUAAACAGAACUAUGUGGUGGCUAUUGGUAAACACACCCAGGUCAAUGGUGUAGGCUACAUUUUAUACUAACAACGUAUCACACUUAUGUCAAAGAAUGUUAAACCGACUCUUAGCCCKGUACUUCAACAUAAAACUCAACACUGAUAAACAUAAAGGUCCCUUUAAGACCAACUGUCCCCAGGCCUUAUCGGUAGACAAAAAUGCAAACGUAAGUACCUUGAGCUUUUCUACUGGUUCAGCUGAGUAGCCUAUGUAAAAAUGUUCUGAAGAUCUGGUUCUGAACGAAUCCGUUCCGUUUUGCUCGAGUCCGCCUCUCCGUGCCUGUUCCUAUUGACGCACUUAAAGACUCUUCCCUCAACCUUAAGGCGAGUAGCAGCGACCAAUCACCAUGCCAUUACAGGCUUCAGAGGAAGCUGUUUAUGUGACUCCGGCGCUAAUUAGGCUCAUGAACUAACAAAUCGCUUGCACAACUGGUGAGGAACCGAUCACAUCCAUGGAUUGUCUGGCGCAGUUGACCACCUUUAUGGCUAUUUGUUGAUUUAUUGUUACUUUGGCUUCUAUUCUUGCUGCACUCUUCGUUCCAAAGUUAUUUAUGCUGACAAACUUUCUCGGUGUGGAGUAGUAACCUAUUUUUUUUUUACGAAGAACGCCUGCACCUCUUAAACUCUAUGCUGGGGAAUCUUGACUAUCAAACCAUGUUUCAACCUACACCGAAGAGGUGUUUUACUAUAGAAUCGUUGGUAGCGAAGGAUAAUCCUCUACCAGUGUCGAGGUCUGAGGAGCCCAUACGACCAGCAGCUCUGAGCUAUGCAAACUCCAGCCAGAUGAAUCCKUUUCUGAACGGGUUUCAUUCCAGCGGCAGGGGCGUCUACUCUAAUCCGGACUUGGUGUUCGCUGAGGCGGUCUCACAUCAGAACAACUCCGGUGUCCCAGUUCAUUCGGUACCACCUCCACACGCUUUGGCUCACCCACUUUCAUCSUCACAUAGUCCGCACCAUCUUUUUGCCAGCCAGCAAAGGGACCCCUCAACUUUUUACCCAUGGCUAAUACAUAGAUAUAGGUACUUGGGUCACAGAUUCCAAGGUAAAAGUGUGGUUUCAGAACCGAAGAACCAAGUUCAAGCGGCAAAAGUUGGAAGAGGAGGGUUCAGAUUCGCAACAGAAGAAGAAGGGGACCCAUCACAUAAACCGAUGGAGACUCGCAACUAAACAAGGAUCGGGAAGCCCGGAGGAAAUUGAUGUAACUUCAGACGAUUAAAAUACGAAAUUGUUUGAACCUGGGACAGCCGUGUGGCGUGAAGGAUGACAUGGCUAAGGAUGCUGUGUACAGAGAGACAGAGAGAGGGUAAAGCCAAUGUCACAUUUCGAUUCUUCGGAGAUCGGCAGCUGAGGGUGAGAGAUCCGAUUGGUGGCACUGCUGUCACUACCAUGGGUCUGUCAAACCAUAUCAAAUUYCCCAGGCAAAAGUGAUUGACAGUAUCGCAGUCCACCUACCUGACCACCUUCCACGCAUCAACCCACCACUACAAUCUCCCACGAACCACCCAAAAAUUAAUCUCCAAUUCACAUUGGACAUUUGCACUUCUGAAAGUUUCUAAAUACGAACGUUUCCACUCAAGAUACCAAAAUCCACAACUGUUUUUGUAAAACUUAAAUUGCAUGGUAGACUUUCUGGUAGUUGUUUAAUUUGAUAAUUUUCUCAAAAACAACGUUGUUUUAACUCUAUUUUCAAUCUCAGAGAUGUUGUGCUUCUUCCUUUUUACAAAGUGUGCAGUCUUUUAAUUAAUGAUUAUCGUGUUAAAGUGAUUGUGAGAACAGUAUGAAGUAGCAGUGCUGCGUUAUAGUGUUUUUAAAGAAAAUGUAUUUCGAAAACUUUAUAAAAGUUUAUCAAACCACAGAUAAAGUACUUAAAGGGAAAGUAUCCAGGACAUUCCUUAAACCUAAAGCUUUACCAUGUCUCCGUUAUUCUGUCACGAGCAUAUUGUCAGGAUUUGACCCUCCCGUGAGAGUUGCCACAAAGGACUAAUGCAAGAAUUGACUGCCGUAGAGGCGAGAAAACGUCAAGCACUGAGCGUAUCCAUGUACAGAGAUACUAAAAGUUAAUGUUUCUGUUAAACCCUCUUUUAUCAGAAUGUAAAUAAUGUUGUGUUUGUGUUAAGUUUGCUACAAUUUUAACACAAAGUAUACUUCCAAGAAGUAUGUAAUUGUUAAUAUUUUGUCAAUAAAGUUUUAUCAAUAUGUUG